AUGAGCAAAAUACGAACAAAACGACAAUUGGAAAUAUGCCGUGCUUGUGACAAUAUACUGGGAAUAGGUGCUGCACCUUUAAUUAAUGGUGAAAGAAACGGUCAAUUAGCUAUUGUUUAUGGUGUAGAUGUUCGAGGUUGUCGUACAGCUAACCUUGUUUGUGAUUCUAGUCCUUUGGUUAUGCAAACUGCAAUAAUCUAUGCAAAUGGAAUUAAAACUAAUCUACUGGCAAUGUCACCAACUGGAAUGGUUCAACUUACCUUAACCUGCGACGAUAAUAUACAUUGGAAAGUAUCCAAAUCAAUGGCAAAUGUUUGGAAUGUGACAUGUCUUCUUAGAGAUAUUCCAAUACCAACGACACCGUUACCACCAAUCACAACACCAAUACCAUGUAGCACAUGCUUAAAUAUCAGAGCUGAACGGGUGAAAAAUCCAUCAUUAACUGAAGGUGAUGGAAAACUUGUCAUUACAUAUAUGCAAAACCAACUUGGUUGCCGUGUGGCUCAAAUUCUGUGUAAUGCUAGUGUUGGACUUGCGGAAGCUAUAAUCUAUUUCAAUGGAAUGAAAAAUUUACCAAUCGUUUCAAAUGUAAAUGGUGCAGCAAUGAUUUUAUUGGUGUGCUCGGAUAAUUUACGUUUUAGAGCUGAGGGUUCACGUGUUAACGUUGAAAGUGUCACCUGUCUUUCACGAGAUAUUAUUCCAACAAUACCUCCAAUAACUACGAAAUUACCAGUGACAGUACCUGUACUAACAACAACAGCAAAAGCGCCAUUACUUUGCGCAAAUUGCGAAAACAUUAAAACUAAGCCAAUAUUGGUGUUAAAACCAAAUGAAAUUAACGGUGCAUUAACAAUUGAAUAUUCAAGAGGACUUGAUGGCUGUCGUAGAGCAAAUAUUAUAUGUGGUGAUGUCAAGAAAGGAACUACUGCAAGGAUAUAUUUCAAUGAUGAAGUAAAUUUGCCAUUUAUAUCGGAUAUAACUGGUCAAGCAAAACUAGAAUUGUUAUGUGGAAGUAAUUCUCGAUGGCGAGCAUUUGAGUCAAGAAUUAAUGUAGCAAGCGUUUCUUGUCUUGUAAUAGAUACGACGCCAGUUACGCCUAUACCAACUACACUGAAACCAAAACCGCCAAUUAUAGUAACAACAGCACCAAUUGUAAGCUUUAUUCAUUUAUAA